CUCUACGACGACCCGUCCACGCCGCUGCGGUCCGUGCCCGGGCUCUGCGAGGACUACUGCCUGGACAUGUGGCAGACGUGCCGCGGCCUGUUCCGCCAUCUCUCGCCCGACCGCGAGCUCCGGGCGCUGGAGGGCAACCGGGUCCGGUUCUGCCGCUACCUCUCCCUGAACGACGCGGACUACUGCUUCCCGCGCCUGCUGGUCAACGAGCACCUCAACUCGAACCUGGGCCGCGUGGUGGCCGAUGCCAAGGGCUGCCUGCAGCUGUGCCUGGAGGAGGUGGCCAACGGGCUGCGCAACCCCGUGGCCAUGGUCCACGCCCGCGACGGCACGCACCGCUUCUUCGUGGCCGAGCAGGUGGGGCUGGUGUGGGCCUACCUGCCCGACCGCUCGCGCCUGGAGACGCCCUUCCUGAACAUCAGCCGGGCGGUGCUCACGUCGCCGUGGGAGGGCGACGAGCGGGGCUUCCUGGGCAUCGCCUUCCACCCCCGCUUCCGGCACAACGGCAAGCUCUACGUCUACUACUCGGUGGGGGUCGACUUCGCCGAGUGGAUCCGCAUCAGCGAGUUCAGGGUCUCGGAGGACGACGUGAACACCGUGGACCACGACUCUGAGAGGAUAAUCCUGGAGAUUGAAGAACCAGCCUCGAACCACAAUGGGGGCCAGCUGCUCUUUGGGGAAGAUGGGUACCUCUACAUCUUUACUGGAGAUGGUGGCAUGGCUGGAGACCCCUUUGGAGAGUUUGGGAAUGCCCAAAACAAGUACGUUCCGCUUGGGUGGGCUGGCAGGCUGGUAUGCAUGCUCCUGGAUCAUGUCCUCUCUUGGAGGGAGUCUCCUCCUCAGCUAUGCAGUGAAGGACAGAAAUGGCCUUGUGUCCCAGCUCAGCUUGCAGCUAGCCAGCUGGGGACCCGGUCAGGUCACUGCCCCUCAUCAGGCUUCGAGUGCUACGACCGCAGGCUGUGUGCCAACGCCUCCCUCGAUGAUGUGCUGCCAAUAUUCGCCUACCCACACAAACUGGGCAAGUCGGUCACCGGGGGCUAUGUGUACCGGGGCUGCGAGUACCCCAACCUGAACGGCCUCUACAUUUUCGGAGAUUUCAUGAGCGGGCGUCUGAUGUCCCUCCGAGAGAACUCGGGGACAGGCCAGUGGCGGUACAACGAGAUCUGCAUGGGCCAGGGCCAGACCUGCGAGUUCCCAGGCCUCAUCAAUAACUACCAUCCAUACAUCAUCUCAUUCGGCGAAGACGAGGCUGGGGAGCUGUACUUCAUGUCGACGGGCAUGCCGAGUGCCACCGCAGCACGCGGAGUCGUCUACAAAGUGAUCGACCCCUCCAGACGGGCACCGCCUGGCAAGUGUCAGAUCCAGCCCGCCCAGGUGAAGGUGAAGAGCCGCCUCAUCCACUUCGUGCCUAAAGAAAAGUUCAUCCGGAGGGCUGAGAGUUGGGAUAUCAAGGCCGCAGCGGUGGUGUGCCGCCAGCUGGGCUUUGCGCACGCCGUGCGAGCCACCAAGCGCGCCGAAUUCGGUGAAGGCCGCGCGCUACCCAUCCUGCUGGACGACGUGCGCUGCGUGGGCAGCGAGAAAACCCUGCUGGAGUGCGCGCACGCCGGCCUGGGCACCCACAACUGCGACCACCAGGAGGACGCGGGCGUCGUGUGCAGCCACGAGGACCCCGACCUAUAAACGAACCUAGUCUGUCCACUGGGCCGCUCCACCCUGUACAUGCCAGGUGCCGGCACAUGAGCCCAAGGGUGGAGGUGGCUGUGGGCGUGGUGUAGGAGGUGGCCCCUCACGCUGUGGACGGCGUGAAGUGUGUGCACAGUAUUCGCUGUGUGUCCCUGCCCACGUGUCCUCCAGCCUGUGUCCGGGUCCAGCAGCCUGUGGGUAUGUGGUCCUGGGCGGGUUGCAUUGUCAUCUCUGAGCACCACUAGGGACAUAGUUUGGCCUUUGAACCAUGAGCUCUGAGGGCAACUACCCUUCAAGGACAAAUGUGGCCCCUGGCUGCGUUUACAGAGGCACAUACAGGGGACUGAGGGAGUGGACCAGGCCAGCCCUCCCACGGCUGCAGUGGGAGGCCCCAGACCAGCUGAGGAAUGUGUGGCCUGAGGACUGUGGCCCAUAGGGCACAGACGGGUGGCCCAGCAGUCGGGGGUGCUGGGGAGAACAGGAAGGCAUCCAGUGGGACAAAGAGCAGCCACCAGACCAAUGGGUUCGAGGUAACCCAUGGCCCGCGGUGGCCCCAGCAAGGGUCAGGCUGCCUGGGAGGAAGUGAGCCUGGGAAGGCCUGGCUGGGGGCACCGGGUGACCUCUGGGAGAGGCCUCCCAGUCACCUUGGACCUCAUGAUCAUGCUGAGCCCAUGUGAGUGCUCUGGGGAGGGUGUUAGGCCACCCAACCCUAAGGCCUGACCCUCACUGCUCCCCAGGACAGAUGCCACCUGGCACUGGCUGAGCAGAACUCCCACUAAGCCAUUCCCAGCACUCGGCCCCCAGUGAGUAGGGGAUUUAGGGCUUCUCCACUUUCAAGGAGGUGUCGAGGCUACUGGGGCCACCUGUGCCAUCUCCAGACCCAUGCCUGCCCAGUGAAAUCCCAGGGAACCCUCCCCUUCCUCUAGCCCCACCCGGGGCCACCCGGGCUGUGGGUCCAGUGAGACUACUGAUGCUCUGUCACCCAGGACUGUGCCAACAACAUGACCGUUUACACCCCUUCCA